AUGAUCCACGAGGGAGGUCUUGGGAGUGCCCUUCCCGCGGAAGGUGACCUCAUCGAGAUCUUCACGAUCAACGGCCACGCGCGCUUCCGCAUCGACCACCAGGAGGUCUACGACCUCAAGCACGGCUCCAUGUACUCGGCCACGUACUUGGAGAGCGACAACCCCACAGAUGAGGUCGACCUCUACCCGAUGUUUUCGGCCGCGCGGCCUCCAUGGCUGCAUUUUUGCACCGUCAGGGCCGACGAGUGCACCGCGAGCGAGCACGACCAGCAGCUGUUCCACGUCGGCAAGUGGCGGUUCAUCCUCGAGAGCGAGUUGGAGGUAGCGCUGGACUCAGCUGCCGGCGCUGCUGCUGCCGGAGCGGGUGGCCCCACGGCGCCGCCUGCAGCCAAGGGCGCUGGAGGGGGCGUCAGCAUCGUGCAGGCCGUGCCCAACGGUAAGGACGACUUGCGCGACAAGUUGGUGGCCCUGCGUGCGCGGGUACAGGGACCGCCGCUGCCGCCGCCAGCUUUCCCCCCGCCCGGCGAGCUGGCUUCCGCUGGCCAGGGCAGGCGCGCGGGGUCCCGGGGCUACGGCGGCAGCGAGGAGCCUCCGCGGAAGCAUCCCCGCGUCGAGGGCGCCGCUGUUUUGGGCAAAGGCGAGGCCGGCGCCAGCCGCGGCCCUCGCGACAGGAGCCUCGGGGCCUCCAAAAGGCAUGGCCUUGCGGAGGCCAUCGCGGCAAAGGGCAUCCAGGCGGCGAGUGGCAGGCGCGACUCCCCCCAUCGCUCCCGGGAGCGCGCCGCGCGUGGCGAGCGCGGCCGGUCGCGCAGCCGGCGCGGCUCGCGCCAUCGCCGCCGCUCUCGUUACCGGAGCCCUUCUCGGAGCUCAUCGGGCUCUCGGAGCCGGGAUUUUCCCGAGGGGCGUCGUUCCAAACGCGAGCAGGUCCGUGCGACCAUGGAACGGCGCCCCGGGCGCAUCACGGAGAGGCUGCUCGCGAAGAUGCGGGCUUACCUGCCGCGGGAGUCCCGGCCCGGGUCCGCCACCGAGCCAGUGGCCAUGAGGUACCUCACCACGCAGCUCAUCCCCCGUCUCGGCUCGGAGCUGAACAAGCGCAACGAGGCCGAGCUCCGCACUCUGGCCACCUGCCUGGACUGCCUUUUGGAUGGCAAUUUCGUGGGCUGCACCGACCUCUUGGCGCAGCAGUUCAAGGCCGUGGAGAUGGCUCAGAGGGAGGGCUGGGCGGCUGCCCAGCACCUCAAUCCCCUGCACGACACGCUCGUGUCGGCCAUGGAGGAGGACGAGCGGGAGGAGCUGUACCGUGCCGAGCAGCAGGAGAUGAAGCGGGAGGAGCUCAAUAACAGGAGCCCUCCGCGCGCCGGCAGCGGCGGAGGAGUCAGCAGUGGCUCGGACGAGAGGGGCCCAGAGACCGGCCCUCGCGCCCGUGGCUCGCCGGCCCAGGCCGCGGGCAAGGGCCGCGGCAAGAAGGGCAAGGGGCUGGUUGGGGGCGUCGGCAUCGGCGUGCUCGGCGAGCUGCUGUUGGGGUUCGCCCGGCAGGGAUCUGCUUGCAAGUCACGCGCCGGCGCGCCAUCUUCGUGGGGGGAGUCCUGCUCGCCGUCGUCCUCGCGCGAGCUGCUCCCUUUUGCCACGUCGCUGGGCUUGGCUCCGUACCGUCAGCACGCCGAGUACGCCCGCCUCCUCGCCGGGGGUGACAAGACUGGCAGGUGCGCCUUGCCGAGGCCCGCGCUCGGUCUUGACGAGUGGUUGCUCUUAGUGUUGCUUGGGCUGAAUGCGCUCUGGGACGGUUCGCGGGCCCUCGGCCAGCAGCCAUGCGCGAUGCCAGUAAACGGGCCUUCGGUAGCUCAGGUGGCGUGUUUCUGGCACUUGGAGCGCAAGGUCCAUAGCUUCGUGACCACGCCCGGAAUGGGCGUCGCCGCCGAGGCGCCCGUUGAGCUUUUCGCCAAGAGGGAGGUCAGCUACGGCGGGGACGUCGUCCAGAGGGCCGUGGAGUUGACCUGGGAGCAGAUCGAGCCGGCGCUCCCUCCCGCCGACCGCUGCGGAAGGCUGCGGGCCGUCGAUUUUUGUAAGCCGCGCGUCAGGCGCUACCUCGAGGAGCCGAUCGAGAUGUUGGUGCCGCUGGACUGCUUUCCGGCGCGGCCGAAGCCUGGGAAGGUCAUGGCUUCUUCAACCGAGAUCGUUCGCAUCGGCCGCGGACUUCUCGAGAGGGGCUUGGUGGCGCCACUGCGGCGCAGCGACCUGCUGCACAUCCACGGGGAGCCCGUCGUCAACGGUUUGUUUGGCGCGCUCAAGGACGACCUCGUCCCCAGCGGGCCUUCGGCUGGGCAGCCGCAGCUCAGGUUGAUCAUGAACCUGACCGCAUCCAACCAGCUCAUGGGCGAGCUGCCCCUCGACAUCGCGAAGCUGCCAUUUUACGCACAAUGGCGCAACAUCAUAAUCGAUGUGGGAGAAGAGCUUGUAUGGGCCCACGACGACAUGAAAGGGGCAUUUUACCUCUUUUCAUUGCCGCCCCAGUGGGCAGCGCUCUUCUGCUUCGAUGUCGCUUUCGACCCCCUCGAGUUGGGCAUCCGCGAUUGGGGGGAUGAGCCCAUCUGGCUGGGUGCGACCACGGUCCCCAUGGGCUGGUGCAACGCCAUGGGCCUCUUCCAGUACUUGCACCGCCGGCUUUUGAUAUCUGGAGGCGUGCACCCGCGCGGACUACCCUUGCGGCGCGAAAUCCGGAAGGACAGGCCCUUUCCAGUGGCCCGCUCCGGCGACGACGAGUUUGACCAGCUCUGGCAGAUCUACUGCGACGACGCCGACUACGGCAAGCUGAUCAGCAAGCAGGAGCGUUGGCACCAGCACUUAUCCCAGGCUGCCUGCUUUUCAGAGGCCGCCCGCGCACGUUACGAUGAAUGGGCGGUGCCGAUCAGUGCCAAGAGCGGCACUAACUGUAGUUCAGUGUCCAGGCUUGGGGCGUUGCUGGAUGGAGCCGACGGGCGCCUUCGGCUCACGCCGAAGAGGGUCGGGUUACUUACCCGCCUGUCGUGCCACUGCAUCGCGUCGCCCGCGGUGCGGCGCAAGCACUUGGAGAUCGUCAUCGGCCACUGGGUGCACGCCGCGUCCUACCGGAAGGAGUGCAUGAGCUGUUUCCAGGAGGUUUGGCACGUACUAUCCCACUGGAGCGGAGGUCCUCGCGCGCUGCCGGAGGGGGCCCGCCGGGAGCUUCUCCUGGCCCUCGCGUUGCUCCCAUGCUUCGAGUACGACCUCCGCAGCCCCAUCUCGCGCGUCAUGACGGCCUCGGACGCCAGCGAGAACGGCGGCGGCGUCACGUACACGUCCAGGCACACCGCCGAGGGUCGCACCGCCGCUCUGUGUGAGCUGGCAGGCGGCUGCGCUCAUGGUCGCGACCUCCUCGUGCUCCUCGAGGUCGGCGGUUGUGGGCGUGGGCGCAUGGCAUUCGACAGCGUCGGGCUCGAGCUCUCGCUGCACGGGCUGCUGUCGGUCACGCCGGACGCUGCCCGGACGGUGCGGGCCCGCUGGCCCGAGGCCGAGGUUUUGGGCGACCUGCGAGCAUUCGAUGCGAUCGCUGCUCGCCGCUUGCUGGGCCGCGCCGCUCACGCCACCGACCUCGUCUUUAUGUGCCACAUCGGGUCCGCGUUGGAGCUCGAUGCCGACCUGCCCCUUAUUUGCUCCGCGCAGCGUGUCUUGCAGCGCGAGGGGGCCGGGUUGAGGGUCUGGCCGGUGUGCCUCGCCGCGCCCUCGACCUCGCGCGAGCAGCUGGAGUCUGUCACGCGCGCCUUCCGCUCCAUCCCGCUCUUCAUGGACGUGUCGACGGUGUCCGAGAGCACAGGUUGCGAAUAUUGUUGGUUGAGCUGGCCGCUGGAGGGUGGCAGUCACCUUCGGAUGUCACGCCAGCCGGACCGCAUCUUCCUGAGCUGGUCCGAGUCCACCCCAGCCGCCCCCCCGGCGGCGGCAGGCGCUGGCUUGCGGAGCACAGGGGCCAGGCGCGGCGCACGCAGCUGCCCGCUCGGAAAGGAGUGCCCUGCCGGGGCCGCGCAGAGAGGGUGUCUGCAGUGCAUCGCGCUGCGGCUGGGCUUUCCGCACGACUUCUUCCUCCAAGCCCGGAGUCGCAAGUCGGGCUGCACGUCGGAGGCCCUCGACCAGGCUCGCCACGCCGUGGCAGCGCAGUGUGGGCCCGUGGCCCCCCUUGCGUACCUGGUUGGGCUGUGGGGGCAGAUAAAUUCGCGCUUCGUUCACAUCUUGGACUCGCAAGUGUGCAUCGGAGUGCUGUGCAAAGGGAGGUCUUCUGUCUGGGGCCUCCAAAAGAUUCUCGCCCGCAUCGUCUCGUUGCUGCUCGCUGGUAGUCUCCACCCGCACUGGGUCUAUGUGAGGUCGGCGGACAACCCCGCCGACGCGGUUGCUGACUAUUUGGAGGCGCUGUGGGACGACGGAUCGCCCCGCAGUUUGGCCGCCGACACCCUCUCGGGGCUUCAGCAUCUGGUGCCGAGCCUUCGGCGCGAGCUCAAGGAGGGCUGGCGCCUGCUCCGCACGUGGGAUCAGAAUGAGAUGCCCAGCCGCGCCCCGCCGUUACGACCGGAGGUGGCGAUUGCCUUGGCGGGCUUUGCGCUCGCCGACGGCCGCGAGGAUGUUGCCACUGCAAUCCUGGCGGGCUUCAACGGCUUGUUGCGCCCCUCCGAGAUGCUCAUCUCUGCGGGGGACUGCGUCUUCGACCACAGCCAGCGCACGUGCGUGGUCAACCUUGGGCUUACUAAAGGCGGGAAAAGGCAGGGGUGCCCUGAGGACGUCAUCAUCGAUGACGAGUUCGCCUACUUACUGCUCCGCCGGGCGCUUGCAGGGUGCGCAGCUGGCACUGCCCUCCUACCGAGGGGUCUUGCCAAUUUUCGCGCAUCUUUCGCCAGCUACCUUGGCAAGGCGGGCCUCGACCCCAGCAGAAUAAAGCCCUAUAGCAUCCGCCGUGGCGGCGCCACCCACCAUUUCUCUUCGCUCGGCAACAUGGCGCUGACCUGCGAGCGAGGCCGCUGGCGCUCCAGAGCGACAGCCAAGAUUUAUAUCACAGAGGGGGUGGCUGCCCUAGAGGCCGUCGCGGUCACCAAGCAGCAGCGGGCAGCUUUGGCCUUGGGGCAUCAGUUGUUCCACAGGCACAUUGAGCGCAUCAUGGACGGUGGCAAGUAA